AUGUCUGCGCCCAUGUUUGAUACGGACAGUGAGGAUGAGUUACCGCCUGGUUGGGAGGAGAGGGUGACUCUUGAAGGGAAAGUCUUCUACGCCAAUCACGGUACAAAAGCAACACAAUGGGAACAUCCUGGGUCUGGCAAGAAGAAAAUAGUAAAAGGAGAUUUACCGUUUGGAUGGGAGAGGAAGGUGUCAAAUGAUGGAACAGUGUUCUAUGUAGACCACAUAAACUCCAGGACAACUUUUACUGAUCCUAGGCUUGCAUUUGCAGAGGAAGUAAAAAAAUCUAAAUAUGAUUUUCGCCAAAAGUUUGAUGGAAGUAGCACGGCUCUGCAGGUCAUUCAAGGUCGUGAUCUAUCAGGAAAAUAUGCAAUAGUUACUGGGAGUAACACUGGAAUAGGUUUUGAAACAGCAAGGACCUUAGCACUUCAUGGGGCCACAGUGAUUCUGGCCUGUAGAAACAUUACAGCAGCAACGGAGUGUAAAGAAGCCAUUUUAAAAGAGCGUCCAUUUGCCAAUGUGGAGGUCAUGAACCUUGACUUGGCCUCUCUUAGAAGUGUCUAUACCUUUGCUGAAGCAUACAGAUCCAAACAAUGGCCCCUUCACCUGUUGAUACUCAAUGCUGGUGUUUUUGGUCUGCCCUACACAGCCACUGAAGAUGACCUUGAGACAACCUUCCAAGUAAAUCACCUGUCACAUUUUUACUUGACCAAACUACUAAAGGAUGUUCUUGUAUCCUCACAGCCAGGCCGUGUCAUUGUAGUGUCCUCAGAGUCUCAUAGAGCCACUGACCUGACGGUAGAGAAUAUCAGCAUGGACAAGUUAUCACCAGGAAAAGCAAAGUACAGUGACCUGUGGGCCUAUAAUCAGAGCAAACUUUGUAACAUUCUCUUUGCUGUCCAACUCAAUAAACUACUGGGCCCUAAAGGCGUUGUCUGCAACUCUCUUCACCCUGGCAAUCUGAUGAGCUCAAGUUUGAUGAGAAAUUGGUGGCUGUAUAAACUUUUAGCAUUUGUCGCAAGGCCCUUCACAAAGAACAUGCAACAAGGGGCAGCGACGACAAUCUACUGUGCAGUAUCCCCUGACCUAGGUGAUUGUGGGGGUCUUUAUUUCAACAACUGUUGUCGUUGUGAACCUUCUACAGCAGCCCAGGACAGUCAACUCGCACAGAAACUCUGGGACGUUAGUGAACAGAUCCUCGCAUCAAAAACUCCAACAGAGGAAAUGAAAGGCAUAUAACACAAGAACAAGUGUGAAUCAGCUGUCCGACAAACUAUCUGUGAUAUAGCUACGUCCCUGUGUGACAUUCCACUGGAUCACUUCACCUUAGUGUUAAUCAUAAGUAGACACCUGGAUUAUCACCAGUUCCACUGUAAAUUAUCCUGUGAUGUCCUGCUGUAGGCCCAUGUCUGGUGAUACGCCCUUUCUGAUCAAAUUUUUUUUUUUCUUUAAAAAAUAAAAUUGAUGAUAUUCAUGUCCAUCAUUGUAUGGAGAUAGGUACAUCUCCCUUCUUUGCGUUUGAGUUAAAACCGUGGUCCCUGAAUCAUAUAUUUAUUAUUUUGUAUUCCGUGACUGCUCGAGAUUUAAUUUUUAUUUAUUAUUUAUUGUAUCUAGUGCUGGUCUAUGUGUUCAAUUCAUAAACAAUAAUUGUUUGUUUUCUUGUCUGUUUGUGUAACGGAGGUCAUUAUUCAUUUCAAUACCUCCACUAGGAAUCGAACCAGGGACCUCUGGAUUAUUAGGUUGACACUAAACCAAUUUGUCUAAAGAGAAAUUCUCUCUAGCCGAGCGGUAUAUUGUGGCUAGUAUUUACCAGGGUUACAUUUGUAAACAUUAAUAUUAUCUCAUAUGUUUUCUGCAUAUUUAAGAGAAAUUAUGAAAAAUGUUUCUUACAGAAAUCUCU